AUGAAACUCCUCGCCCUAAUCCUCGUCUUCCUACUCUCCAUCCUCACCACCGCGACCCCCCUCGCCCUCCCCUCCGACACCCCCGCCUCCACCCAAGGCAGCAAGCCCAAACACGACCCCCUCACCCAAACCCCCGCCCACGAACGCCGCGGCGUAGCCUACAACGACGUCGCCUACAACAAGCUCUUCCAAGGCGAUGGAACCCACGUUACCUGGCGCUUCAAUUGGGACUCCUCAUCUGCCCUCUCACCUGCCUGGUUCCGCUUCAUCCCCAUGCUGCAUUCACUGCGCGACGAUCACACGGGGAGGUGGAAAGACAAUGCCGAGGCGAUGGCGAGGAAGAAUUUUGAGGAUAAUGGGUUCGCGACGUGGUUGAUGGGGUUUAAUGAGCCGGAUAACUGCAUUCCCGACGCAGGCGGCUCUUGUAUCGACGUCCCCACCGCCGUUGCUGGUUGGAAGAAACACAUGGAACCGCUGUCCAACUUCAACAGCGCGAUGUAUCUCGGUUCACCCGCUGUCACCAAUGCCGCAGCCUCCGAUACCACAGGUCUGGGCUGGCUGGCCAAGUUCCUGGAAGCGUGCGAUGGAUGCACGAUUGACUUUAUCAACAUCCACUGGUACAACACCCUCCCCAACUCCGCGCAAAACUUCAAAGACCACAUCGCCAACGCGCGCAAAGUCGCCAAGGGCCUCCCCAUCUGGGUCACCGAGUUCCGCGCCGAAGGUACCGACGACGAGAUCAGGGCCUUCCUGGACGACGUCAUGCCUUGGAUGGAUAAUUCGCAGGAUAUCCAUCGUUAUGCGUAUUUCAUGGCGAGACCGGGCAAGGGCAUGUUGGUUAACGAUGCGGGUGAUGGGUUGAGUGAUAUUGGGAAGGAGUUUGCGUUUUUUCAUAAGCAUGAGAGUGAGAAGGAUGGGAAGGGGAAGAGUGCAGGGAAGGGGUGGGAUGGGAGUAGGUGGUGGGAGGAGGGAAAGUGA